AUGGUUCUCUGUGGACAAAAGCUAAUGAGUUGCCCACGGUAAGAGAAGAUGCAAACUCUUCAACAUUGUAAGUCUCUAACUUUUCUUCACAAUUUCAGUUUUCUGCACUGCAACGAAGUUAAGAAGAAGCCCUCUCUGAAAGUUCACUCCUUUUCCACACUUUGGUCAUCUAAAACCCUUCUGUUUAAGUCUAGUUUUGGGGUUUUGGGAAGUGCCCUGAUUGGAUUUUGCUCUCAGAAUGAUGGCUUUGAUGGUUUUUCAAGUACCCAAUUGUCUGGAAAGAUUGAAAGCGAUGGAAAUUUUGAGAGUGACGAACUUGAACUUUUGAAUAAGCCUAGUCAUGUAGCUGUAGAUGAUAACGGGCUUUUUUCUGAAGUUGAGAAAGAAGUUGAAAAACCUGAUAAAGAAGAGGCUAUAAAGCCAUUUUUGAAGUUCCUUAAGCCUAGAGAGCCAGUGGAGGAUGUGGAAGAUAAGGGAAGUGAGUUGGGAGUUGAUACUGAGAAUGUUAUUGUGGAUGAUAAUGUGGACGGAGAUAAAAAGAUUAAUGUGGAGUAUUAUGAACCAAAACGAGGUGACUUUGUUGUUGGUGUUGUGGUUUCUGGCAAUGAGAAUAGGCUUGAUGUGAAUGUUGGUGCAGACUUGUUAGGUACAAUGUUGACAAAGGAAGUGUUGCCUUUAUAUGAAAAAGAGAUGGAUUUCUUGUUAUGUGAUUUGGAGAAGGAUGCUGACGAGUUUAUGGUUCGAGGGAAGAUGGGAAUUGUUAAGAAUGAUGAUGCCAUGAGUGGGGGCUCAGGGCCGGGACGGCCUGUUGUGGAGACUGGAACUGUUUUGUUGGCUGAGGUUCUUGGGAGGACUCUCAGUGGUCGGCCAUUGCUUUCAACUAGACGGUUUUUUCGAAAGUUGGCUUGGCAUCGAGUGAGGCAGAUAAAGCAACUCAAUGAACCUAUCGAGGUUAAAAUUACGGAGUGGAAUACUGGUGGUCUUCUUACAAGAAUUGAGGGUUUACGAGCUUUCCUUCCCAAAGUUGAGCUUCUGAAUAGAGUUAACAGCUUCACUGAGUUGAAAGAAAAUGUGGGGCGCCGAAUCAAUGUGCUAAUAACUCGAAUAAAUGAAGACACUAAUGACUUAAUACUAAGUGAGCGGGAAGCUUGGGCAUUGAUACAUCUUAAGGAGGGAACACUUUUAGAUGGAACUGUUAAAAAAAUCUUUCCAUAUGGAGCUCAAAUAAGGAUAGGUGACACAAAUCGAAGUGGACUGCUUCAUGUUUCAAAUAUGAGCCGCACCCGAGUUACUUCUGUUAGUGACUUACUUAAGGAGGAUGAGAAGGUCAAAGUUCUUGUUGUGAAGUCACUGUUCCCUGACAAAAUAGCUCUCAGUAUUGCUGACCUUGAAAGUGAGCCUGGCCUAUUUGUAUCAAACAAAGAGAGAGUAUUUUCUGAAGCCGAAGAGAUGGCAAAGAAGUACCGGCAGAAACUACCCGCUGUUUCAGCAAGUCCCCAUUCAGAGCCCCUUCCAACUGACACUAUACCUUUCGAUAAUGAAGCAAGUUUGUGUGCGAAUUGGAAGUGGUUCAAAUUUGAGAAUGAAAAAAUGAAUCAGAUCAACCCAUAAGCUUGCAUUUUUAAGCUCUCAAACUGGGAAAAGAGAGGACCUACACCCUUAUUUCGCCCUCUGCGCAAAGGCAUGUGCACAAUGUGUGAUGCAAUGACUAAGAAUCUUGUAUUAGGCCAUUGAUCUCUUGGAGUAUCAGAAAUCAAUUUUAUUAGGCCAAUAAAUGCUGGUUCAAGGUUAGAAUCAAUGGGAAAAUCAAUAGAAACAAAAGGCAUGUACUUAUUCCAGCCCAAGCAUAAACAGCUUUGUUGAAUCAGUUGUUUUACAUGUGUAGUAUUAUUUGUACACAUCGACUAAUUUUAAGAUUUUUCAUU